UAAAACAUUCGACUGGCCAAUAGACUACAAUCAAGUGCUCACUCACUUCAUACAGAAACCCACUGGGAACAUACAGUAUAUAAACCCUGCACUGUGGGGAAUGUUCAGCAGAUUCACAAGUGAGACUAUCGUUGAAUUCUUCAUUACCAGAAGAUCUACUAUCUCACGGGAAUCAUGAUAAUGCGCAAACUCUGGACUCUCCUCCUUGCCCAUGCACUGAUCAUUUGUCAGAUGUACGUCACACAGGCAGCUCCAUCCAGAACUAGUAAGGAGUCUAUGUCAGAUGGAAUCAUACUAUCGAAUGAUGAUGCCCAAAGGUUACUCCAAGCUAUCAAGGAGUUCAUGCAGAUAACUUCAGAUGAGCAAGACACAGCUGAUGGAAACAGUAAUGCAACAGCACAGAAGCGGGCAUGCAACACAUCCACCUGUGUAACCCACCGCUUGGCUGACUUCCUGAGUCGGUCAGGAGGACUGGGACACAGCAACUUCAUUCCCACCAACGUGGGUGCCCAGGCAUUUGGCAGACGGAAGAGGCGCGGCCCUAUGUGAGCACAAGAGCAGAUACAUGGACCAAGUGCCUCCUUUGAGUGAAAAAAACUGCAUCAUCAUCUACCUGCAAACACUUGGAAGCAGGAACUUAUACAGUAUUCUUCACAAACAUGGACUGAUCUUGCUUUCAGACUACAACCAGAAAGUUGGUAUAUCAUAUUCAUUGUUAGUCUGUGCUUAAAAACAGAGAAAUAACUAGCAUUGUUGUCAUCCUCAUUAGGGAAAGGUAACUAAGAAGAAAUUUUAUUUGCUAAGAGGGAUGAGAAUAGAUUUCUUCUCUGUCUUGGCUUGUGGCUCAACUGGUCUUCUGACCUGUAUCUACAGUACGGUGUGUCGAAACUGGAAGUCGCAUACGUUGCACUACCAACAAAACCUUCAACAACAGUGGCUGUCUUGUGUCUUGAUGUAAAACACUUCAUUACAUUUCAUUAAAGUGCACAAUGCAAGUGUGAAAAUGUACUUGGAAUUCUAAAUAUUGUAAUAAUCGUGAAUUCAAAGCAGGAAUAAAUUGUAUUUUAGCUACAUUACGCUUUCAUGUCUUACUGUGUUUUUGUUUGAUUGGGUGAUAUAAGCUGUUAAAACCCAUACUGAGCUUUCCAGCAGCAAUCUAUUCAUUUCAAAAAGGUUCACAUAAUGUGCUACAGUAUGAAAAACAAGGUAUAACAUCAAACCAUGACAUUUUGUGAAAUAGAGAGGACACAUUGCAUUCACUACACAUACAUAAUUGGACCAUUUCCAAACUUGAAUAUAG